GCCGCAUAUGGCGGAUGUAACGGUUAUAGCUUGUGGCUAUAAAGGGUCCUUCCUCCUCACAACUUCUUCACAAAUCUUCACUUUUAUAGACAAGAACGGCGUCGUCAUGGCUUCCCCGGCACCCAUUAAGAUUGGAAUAAUUGGUGGUUCAGGCCUUGAUGAUCCGGAUAUCUUGGAGGGAAGGACUGAACGUUAUGUUGACACACCGUAUGGAAAGCCGUCUGAUGCUCUGAUACUGGGGAAGAUAAAAAACGUGGACUGUGUGCUCCUUGCAAGGCAUGGGAGACAACACACUAUAAUGCCGUCCAAUGUGAACUACCAGGCCAACAUCUGGGCCCUCAGAGAAGAGGGCUGCACACAUCUGUUGGUCACCACGGCCUGUGGCUCACUGCGGGAGGAGAUUCAGCCGGGAGACAUUGUCAUCAUCGAUCAGUUCAUUGACAGGACUACGAAGAGAGCUCAGACACUGUAUGACGGGCAGCCCACCAGCCCUCCAGGAGUUUGUCACAUCCCCAUGGCUGAGCCUUUCUGCAACAGAACCAGAGAGGUGCUGGUGGAGGUGGCGCGGAGUCUUGGGGUCAAGUGCCAUGUGAAAGGGACCAUGCUGAGCAUUGAGGGCCCCCGCUUUUCCUCACGGUCCGAGAGCCUGAUGUUCCGCCAGUGGGGUGCUGACGUCAUCAACAUGACCACCGUGCCAGAGGUGGUCCUCGCCAAGGAGGCCGGCUUGUGCUAUGCCAGCAUCGCCAUGGCAACAGACUACGACUGUUGGAAGGAGCAUGAGGAGGCGGUCUGUGUUGACAACGUGCUGAAGACGAUGAAGGAGAACGCCAACAAAGCCAGCAGUAUCCUGCUGACUGCAAUACCUCAGAUUAGUCAGAUGGAUUGGACUCAGACAAUGAGGACCUUGAAAUCAAUGGCCCAGUCCUCAGUAAUGUUACCAAAACACUAAGCGUGCAGAAAACAGUGAAGUAGAAAAGGAUCCCGGACACCACCCGCACCACCAUGGACUCAACUCUGCCUGUGGAUUUGUCAUCAGUGAAUCAUAAGAAAAGUGCCUCACAUAAAUAAUGCAUGUGCUGUGUAAUCAGCGGGAGUUUCACUGUUUUUUAUUUCUCAACUCAAAACACGCGCACAUUUAAACCACCUCCACACUCAACCACAGGUCACUCUUUUUUCUCUGGAACCAUCCUCAGUAUUAUCACUUCUCCGUUAGUCCCACCACUUGUUUAGGUACGAAACAUUUCAAAAGAUCAACAAAGAUUUUAAGUCUUCUAAAGAUUAUACUAGAUAUUAUUUUUUGUGGAUUUAUAUUUUUUUGUGGUCUGUAAACAUGUACAAUUUAUAUAUUUGCCUGUAAACCAUGUGUGACUUUAUUGCUGUUAGUGCAAAAUAUAAUAAAAAAAAAAAACUUUGGAAGUUUAGCACAUGAAUAGUUUGUGACAGCCUUAGUCACAACUAACACUUUUACAGUAGAAUCUGAUGUACUGGAGUCACAUCUUUUAAAUAUCUGGAUACACUUAAGCAACAUUUUAUCUUGUAAUAAAUAUUAGGAAUGCUUGUAUCUUUGCUUUUGGGGGCACAUUUUUUAGAUUUUAUGGAAAUUUCCAUUUUUAUUUGCUCUUCAUGACUGUUUUUAUGAAAAUCCAACAGCAUUCCAUUUAGACUAAAUAGAACAGGAUCUGCACUGUACAUGUAAACUGUUUUCUAGUUAUUAAGUCAGCUAACAGACAGUAUAUGGAGUACUUUUGAAAAAACAAUUUAUUGAUACUGACAGAUUUUUUGCACGCCUACGAUCUUCGAUAAACUGUAAGAUUCAUCAGCAUCAAAUGAAACUGGCCAUUUUUUGUUGGAGUGCUGGGCCUUCUGUUACGACUCAUUUUUGUCAUUUCCCUUUUCUAAUUUGCAUUUUCUGCACCUGAACAUCGUCACACCGCACAGUAUCUAGAAAUAGCUGUAUUUCCUCUUCGAUGCCUUUCUUCAACAAUAUUAAUGGAUUAUGCUGCAAAUUAUGCUGUAAAAACUGAAGUUUUUAAGUUGUUAGUAAAAUAUUAAAAUCUUGAAGCAACUUGAACUGAUUAAAAUGUAUGUUGUCAUCUGUUUUUUAAAGACAUGCUCAUAUACUCUGCAAUGGAACACAGGGUAGAAUACUAUUGAGUCUGUGCCAAAAAGGCUAGUGUGCAAUAAAACAAUUUUUAUAAAAGGCAAAAAAA